AUGCAGGCAGAGUCUGAAAUAGUACCAGAUAUUGAGGUCGAGGAAUUUCAGGAUGCGCCCAAAACAUACUACGAGCUUAAUACCAGCCACUGAAAAGCAGGUUUGUCUAACUUUCCGCUUGUUGACCACCCACUGGAUCAGCAUGGCCCGUCCAAACCCCCCGGUGGCUUGUCCUCCGCGUCUUCCCGUGUGCUCCUCCACCAACAGUUCAUGAGGGAGCAGCUGCGGGACCAGGAGCAACGGGAGCGCCAGGAGAAGCAGACAUUGCCUCGACACCCCCACCUGCAGACCCCCAUCAUAUACGUCAGCCCGCCCCCCACACUUCCUGCUGGAACCCACACCCCCCUGGAAGUGCUCAAGGUCCAAAACCAUCUUGAUAACCCGACGAAGUAUCACAUCCAGCAGUCUCAGCGGCAGCAGGUGAAGCAGUACCUCAGCUCCACUCUGGGUGCCAAGCUCGGAGGUAGCGGCGGGCCAGCUUGCGCCAGCCAGCCCUCAGAGCACGGGAUGCCCCCUGGCCCAGGCACCAGUGCUCCCAACAGCCCCAUGGCACUCCUGACCUUAAACUCCAACUGCGAGAAGGAGAUGGAUGAUGUAAUUGAAGACAUUAUUAGCCUGGAGUCAAGCUAUAAUGAUGACAUCCUUGGCCUUAUGGAUGCGGGUCUUCAGAUGCCAGUGUCUGCUAACCUUCUUGACAUGUACAACAACCAUGGCAUUCCUCAACCUGGAGUGGCCCUUAGUAACGCUUGUCCAGCCAGUCUACCUAACGUCAAAAGGGAAUUCUCAGUUGCCCCUGCUCCAGGUAUGAUGCACAUUCUGGACAAACCUGGACCCUGUGGCAGCUAUGAAAACUAUCAAAGGCAGGAGGGAUUUCCAGUAGAAGCUGAAGUGAGGGCCCUUGCCAAGGAGAGACAAAAGAAGGAUAAUCACAAUUUAAUUGAACGUAGGAGAAGGUUCAACAUCAAUGAUCGCAUCAAAGAGCUGGGAACUUUAAUUCCCAAGUCGAAUGACCCAGACAUGAGAUGGAAUAAAGGCACCAUUUUAAAGGCCUCGGUGGACUACAUCAGGAAGCUCCAGCGGGAGCAACAGAGAGCAAAGGAACUGGAGAACAGACAGAAGAGACUGGAGCAUGCUAACCGACACCUGAUACUGCGCAUCCAGGAGCUGGAGAUGCAGGCUCGUGCCCACGGACUGGCCGUGUUGCCCUCUACCACGCUCUGCUCGUCCGAGCUGGUGGCGCGGGCCAUCAAGCAGGAGCCGGGCCUGGACGACUGCGCAGCAGCCAACCUCUACGCCAGCCAGCCGCUCUCCUCACCGGACCUGUCCCGGCCCACCACCCUGGACCUGAACAACGGCACCAUCAGCUACAGCGACAGCCUCUGCGACGUGGACGACAGCUCUGAGGCCUACGGCAGCCCGCCCAGGCACUCGGGCAAGCUAGAGGACAUUCUCAUGGAUAACGCCCUGUCGUCAGUGACCUCCAGCGACCCGCUGCUCUCCUCCCUCUCUCCGGGGGCCUCCAACAGCAGCAGCCGCCGCAGCAGCACCAGCAUGGAGGAGAAUGAGAGUGGGAAUGGGUGUUAGCGGCAUCCCUGCCUCCUUUCCCUGCCUCCUUCUCGAUUGGCCAAAGAAUCCAGAGAUUUUUCCAUCCUGGGCCCUAUUUUUUUUAGAUCUUUUUGGGUCCAAAUUUGUAAUAAGGACAAUUCAUGAUUGAUAAUUAGUCCAGUAUUGUGUUAGAAUGCUAAAACCGCAAACUGCAAAACGGCUAUGCAAUGUAAUUCUGACUGUAUGUAACUAUGUACGGUCUGUCUUUUACCUGUUUUGAUCUUCCGGUCUCUGAUGUAGCACCCCACUCAAUGCCUGUAGUCGAUUAUCGAAGGGAGGCGCUCACCUUUGAAUGCCCACUCCAGCACCAAACAUUUUCUACAAUUUCUUUACAGUUAUUAAGGUAAACAGAAGCAGGUGUAUGUCUGUAGUGACCCUAAUAAUAACAUUUACGAGCCUGUCAGUGGCGAAAACAAGCAGUUUACUUUGAUGUGCUGACUGGCCCUCAUAGGAUUCCAUUAUAGAGCCGUUUUGCAGUUGAGGUUUUAGUGUUUUUACUCAGUACUGGACCAAUUUCAUUAAUCGUUAAUUGUCCUUCGUAAAACGUUUGACCCGAAAAGAUCUAAAAAUAGGGCCCAGGUUGAAAAAUCCUGAAGUUUCCCUUUAAGGCCUGCACUUGUGGUUUAGCAGAGGGAGGGGCCGUACUGCAUGACCCGUUGACUGAUGAUAAGACAUGCACUGGGAAGCUCUCGUUGUAAAAGAGAUUUUGAUAUUUUUGUUAUUUUGGUAAAUGAUAUGUCAUAUAUUGCAAUGAAAAUGUAUAUUUCAUUGGGAUCGCUGAGUUGUUAGUUUUCAUAGAGUUUACACUGUAUUUUACUGAUAUCUUAUAGAAGUGAUUUAUGUAUAAACUUUCAGGAAGGAUAUGUGCCAAUACAAAUUUGUACUACAUGUUUUCAGUGUAGUUGUAUUGAAACACGAGUGCAUUUUACAACUUGCGGGUAAUGCUUUGUGCAAUUAACUACUGAUUUAAUUAGAUAUAUUUCCUUUUUUUGAUUAAUGUGUUUCAAAACCUUCCACUGCCCUGGAAGGUUUACAACACAACUGUAUACCUUUUAUUUAGCUGUAACUGUUUUCUUUUUUUAAAGUCCAUAUAUAGACCAAAACAAAUCAUUCUACAAAAAUCCAUGCUGUUAAACUGUUAAAUAAGCAAAA